AUGACGAUCGGUGUUGUCAACUAUCGCCACAACCUCACUGCUCCGCCUGUGAAAAGGCGCGGUGACAUGACCCACCCGCUCCCGGUCUCCAUCAACUGGCGCGCCAAAAGCUACAAAGGCCAGCUGUGCCCAGGUCCAGUCAAGUUCCAGGGCACCUGUGGCUCCUGUUGGGCAUUCGCUGUGAUGGGGGCGCUGGAGAGCCACUAUGCAAUCACAGCAAUGAACAACGACCUAGACCCGGUGCACCUGUGGGAGGAGGAACUUGCCACCGCCACAUCACGCGUCGACCUCAUCAUGCGGGGGUACGAGACGAUGCCUACCCACGAUGAGUUCCAACUGCUGAAAGCAGUUACCUACGGGCCCGUCGUGGUUUCCAUCACUGUUGGAGACCGCAACGUUGACUUUCGACACUAUGAGGGCGGCAUGUACCGGCAGUGGUGGAUUUAG